AUGUCCGCCAACACGAACAACGACAACAAUGCCACCACCAACAACAACCAAUCCUCCUCCUUAGCCCUCUCCGCGCCGCCGCAUAAUUCUCCGCAAGCACCUCGUCCUCGUCGUAUGUCGCUUCACCAUGGCGAGAUCGGACCCAUCCCCUGGGAAAUCGAGAUUCAUGCACCGGAGACUGAGCAGGAGAAGGAAUUGAGAGAACGGUGGGACGAGACUGGAGAGUACAUGAAGAGGUACUUCGACUCAAAGGGGAAUUUGAUGACGAGUGUGGGCGAGGUUGGGGAGGAGUACACGAGAGAGUACUUGAGGGCACGGACCUUGAGCGAGAAUUUCAGGGCGAUGGCUCUGAAGGGCCAGAACGUGUGGGGAAAGCAGGAGAAGAAGAUUGAGGCUGAGAGUCAGGACGAUGCUUCGAUGGACAUCGGUGACGACGAGGAUGUGGCCAUGGAGCUCAGUGAUGGUGAGGAGGACGAGGAUACUGCUCCUGCAGGUGCGAUCGCCACCACUACUGCUGCUUCUGGCUCUGUUCGUCUCCCUGCUGUCGCUCAUGCACCAGAGGAGGCAGGCAGUGCGCCGGUUCCCGCGCGCGUCAUUCUGGCAGGCCGUGGUGAGGAGUGGCGAGCCGCACGCCACCAGCGGAACGUGGAUGCCGCAAACAAGGUGGUCAAGCAGUGUUGUGCGCUGGGAAAGAUGGGGUUCGGGUGUGUUUGCUGGAUGAAUGCGUUCGAUCAGUAA